UGUCUAUUUUGAUUGGAGAAGAUGGGGGACUGAAGAGCAUCAUGGUACCAUGGUGGCCAGAGUGUUGACCUUUAUCUGUCUGCUCACCUGCCUGUUCACGUCCCCCAGCCACGCGGUGGAAAUCAUCGACCUCGGGGAGGUGGUGUACGUGGACUCGCGCCUAGACGGGGUGGUGGGCCGAGCGGUGAUUCUGGAGUGCGGAGCCACCUUACCUGACGUCUACAUCUGGGGCUUCACUAAGCCAGGGACAGACGCCAUACGAGCUGUAGUCUACGACUUUGGGAAAGGCCCCAAGCUCCAGCAGCUGGCACAGACUCUGGGAGACCUGGCGAUAAUUCACAACAGCUCCUCACUGAGUAUUGAGAACCUCCCACUGGCAGCCCAUGGACUGUACACCUGCCAGGCCUUGUAUGACACACCGCAGGGAGCCAAGUUCUACUACUACUACACACGCCUAUCUGUCCUGGUCCCGGUCACUAAGCCCUAUCUUUUGGUGAACAAUACAUCUCCGGCGGAAGGAUCUUCAGCCUGGCUGCGCUGCGGCUUAGAGAAUGGGACCUUACCUAUUUACUAUGAGUUUGAGCAAGAGCGUCAAAACGGAGUCAACAAAACCUUUGGCCAGGGAAACAGCAGCCUGGUCAACAUAACUGAGAUCCACCGCAACCACACAGGCUGGUACCGGUGUAGCGCCCGCAAUGCGGUCAACCAACAACGAUCUGAUCGCAUCUGGUUGAACAUCACCUACGGUCCCGACAUCCCUCAGAUAGACGUGACUCCGUACAGCGUGACCGAGCGUGGCUACUCUGCCCUGGAGAGAGAGACGGUCUCCCUGCUCUGUCAGGCCCAGUCCAACCCACCCAGCCAGUACGUCUGGUUCUACAACAACUCCCAGGUCUACACCGGACCCCAGUUCACCAUCACCAGGAUCCUGCGCAUGCACACCGGCAUCUACGCCUGCCUGGCCCAGAACACUUACCUCAACACCCGCAUAAGCAAAACCAUCACCCUGACCGUGUAUUACCCUCCCGAUGGUUCCCCUUCCUGCGUCGUGCAGCCAGCACUCAACUACUCCUCCCUGAGCCUGCAGUGUACCUGGCCAGGGGGCCUGCCACCACCCUCCCUUCGAUGGAGCCCUGGCCUACUGGCCCCUGGACAGGAAGGGGCGGUCCUGGGGCAGGAAGGGGCAGUACUGACCAACAACGCCACAGUGCUGCAGUCUGGAACUAACACCUUCAACAACUCCCUGUUCACCUGCCAAGGCUCCCACCCAGCCCUCAACCAAAGCACACAGUGCACGUCACGCACCUGGUCUCCACCCGGUGCACCAGCAUGUUUCGUAAAUGCAACAGUUGACAACCAGCAGCUGAUGCUCUCCUGCUCCUGGGCGGGCGGAGCUCCCCGGGCUCUGCUCUGGUGGGAGGGACCAGGGGGCCAGCAGCACGGAGGAGGGGAGGAGAACGCCAACAUUCUGGUUCUCCGCUCCUACCUCACUCAGGGUGGGCAGGCCUACACCUGCCAUGGGAAACAUCCAGUCCACCCCCUGCCCCAGGCCUGCGCGCUGAAGCUGGUCCCGGUCACUAAGCCCUAUAUCUUGGUGAGCACUGCAUCUCCAGUGGAAGGAACCUCUGCAUGGCUACGCUGCGGCCUUGAGAAUGGGACCUUACCCCUUCAUUAUGAGUUCCAGCAAGAGACACAAAAUGGAGUCAUCAAAACCUUUGGCCAGGGAAACAGCAGCCUGGUCAACAUGACUGAGAUCAACCGCAACCACACUGGCUGGUACCGCUGUAUUGUCCGCAACAUGAUCAACCAGCAACAAUCUGACCGAAUCUGGUUAGACGUCACCUAUGGUCCCGACAUCCCUCAGAUAGACGUGACUCCGUACAGCGUGACCGAGCGUGGCUACUCUGCCCUGGAGAGAGAGACGGUCUCCCUGCUCUGUCAGACCCAAUCCAACCCGCCCAGCCAGUACGUCUGGUUCUACAACAACUCGCAGGUCUACACCGGACCCCAGUACACCAUCACCAGGAUCCUGCGCACGCACACCGGCAUCUACGCCUGCCUGGCCCGGAACACCAACCUCAGCACCAGCGCACAGAAGACAAUCACUCUGACCGUCUACUACCCUCCCGAUGGUUCCCCUUCCUGCGUCGUGCAGCCAGCACUCAACUACUCCUCCCUGAGCCUGCAGUGUACCUGGCCAGGGGGCCUGCCACCACCCUCCCUUCGAUGGAGCCCUGGCCUACUGGCCCCUGGACAGGAAGGGGCGGUCCUGGGGCAGGAAGGGGCAGUGCUGACCAACAACGCCACAGUGCUGCAGUCUGGAACUAACACCCUCAACAACUCCCUGUUCACCUGCCAAGGCUCCCACCCAGCCCUCAACCAAAGCACACAGUGCACCACGCGCACCUGGUCUCCCCCCGGUGCACCAGCAUGUUUCGUAAAUGCAACCGUUGACAACCAGCAGCUGAUGCUCUCCUGCUCCUGGGCGGGCGGAGCUCCCCGGGCUCUGCUCUGGUGGGAGGGACCAGGGGGCCAGCAGCACGGAGGAGGGGAGGAGAACGCCAACAUUCUGGUUCUCCGCUCCUACCUCACUCAGGGUGGGCAGGCCUACACCUGCCAUGGGAAACAUCCAGUCCACCCCCUGCCCCAGGCCUGCGCGCUGAAGCUGGUCCCAGUCACAAACCCCUCUAUUUGGGUGAGCGACGCAUCUCCAGUAGAAGGAUCUUCCAUUUGGUUGCGCUGCGGCUUAGAGAACGGGACCUCACCUAUUUACUAUGAGUUUGAGCAAGAGACUCAAAAUGGAGUCAUCAAAAACUUUGGCCAGGGAAACAGCAGCCUGGUCAACAUGACUGAGAUCAACCGCAACCACACAGGCUGGUACCGCUGUAUUGUCCGCAACAUGAUCAACCAGCAACGAUCUGACAGAAUCUGGUUAGACGUCAUUUACGGUCCCGACAUCCCUCAGAUAGACGUGACUCCGUACAGCGUGACCGAGCGCGGCUACUCUGCCCUGGAGAGAGAGACGGUCUCCCUGCUCUGUCAGUCCCAGUCCAACCCACCCAGCCAGUACGUCUGGUUCUACAACAACUCCCAGGUCUACACCGGACCCCAGUACACCAUCGCCAGGAUCCUGCGCACGCACACCGGCAUCUACACCUGCCUGGCCCUGAACACCAACCUCAACACACGUGUGCGGAAGACAAUGACCCUGACUGUCUACUACCCUCCUGAUGGUUCCCCUUCCUGUGUUGUGCAGCCAGCACUCAACUACUCCUCCCUGAGCCUGCAGUGUACCUGGCCAGGGGGCCUGCCACCACCCUCCCUUCGAUGGAGCCCUGGCCUAUUGGCCCCUGGACAGGAAGGGGCGGUCCUGGGGCAGGAAGGGGCAGUGAUGACCAACAACGCCACAGUGCUGCAGUCUGGAACUAACACCCUCAACAACUCCCUGUUCACCUGCCAAGGCUCCCACCCAGCCCUCAACCAAAGCACACAGUGCACGUCACGCACCUGGUCUCCCCCUGGUGCCCCAGUGUGUUUUGCAUACGCAACACGUGACAACCAGCAGCUGAUGCUCUCCUGCUCCUGGGCGGGCGGAGCUCCCCGGGCUCAGCUCUGGUGGGAGGGACCAGGGGGCCAGCAGCACGGAGGAGGGGAGGAGAACGCCAACAUUCUGGUUCUCCGCUCUGGCUCCGCCCAGAGUGGGCAGGCCUACACCUGCCAUGGGAAACAUCCACUCCACCCCCUGCCCCAGCCCUGCACCCUGAAGCUGGAAGCUCCAGUGUUGCUGACCCAGAGGAGCAUGGUGUCUGUGUAUGAGGGCAGUGACGUCGAGCUCACCUGCAUCCUGACGGCCAACUACCCUCCAGCCGGUGACAUCACCUGGUUCAACAACCGUAGACAGGAAGUGCGAAGUGUUCCUCAAAAGUACCUGCUGCAGCGAGAGGCAGCCUGGGCCAAUCUGACGGUGCGGGAGACCGACGGUUUCCAAGACAGCGGCCAAUACUGGUGUUCCGCUUCCAAUGCCGUGGGAGGGGCCGAGAUCCCGAUCACAUUAUUGGUCAAGAGGUACCCCAUGCCUCCGAACGUGACCCUGGUCAGACUGGUGUACAGCACUCACCAGCGCAGCGAGGUGCAGAUAGAGUGGCGACUGGAGGGAGAAGGAGAGGGCGUCAACGAGGGAGCGAAAGACGGAGGGCUCACCAGCUUCACGCUGGAGCGCCGGCGUGUGGGCGAGGAGACGGUGCUCCCGGGGAGGAAGAGGAGCGGAGAGGGAGAGAAUAGAGGGGAGGAGAGGAGCAGUUCUCCCUCCUGGCUGCAGGUGGGGGAGCAGGGGCCAGAUGUGCGAUAUCACACCCUGGGCAGCCUCAUUCCCACCAUCACCUACCAGUUCCGCGUCACAGCUGUCAAUCACCGCACUGUGGGACAUCCUUCCCCAGCAAAGACCCCAGCGGCCCCGCCCUUCAAGGCAUAUCCUGCUGUGAUUGGAGCAGCCAUCGGGGGGAUGAUCCUCGCCGCCAUUGCCACUGUGCUGCUGUUCAUGUUCAUCAUUCGCAACCGCAACAACAGCCCCCGACUACAUGACAUGCUGUUCGGCAUGCAGCACAGCCAGUCCAGAGAGAACAUCAACUUUCCUGAAGAUGAUGUCGUGGCAGGAGCUGAAAGAGAGGGAGUAGGACCAGAUCCAGUCAUGUCCUCCCCCAGAGCCCAGGGUCAUGCAGAGACUUCUCCCCCAUCAGCACCUACCCUAUCACAGGCCAAGCCACUCUCCCCAGAGAUGACGAACCUGUCAACAUAACCAUCACUGCCAUGUCAACUGGUUCCAAACACACAUCUGCUUCGGAAGGGUUCAAAAUGACCUAACAUGUCACUUAUGCCGUUUGAUUUAAAGUCAGUUUGUUACUCAUGGACGCCCAGAAUCUGUAUCCCAAUCUGUCAAU